AUGGUGGUAAAAACCUUCAUGGAUAUGGACCAGGACUCAGAAGACGAGAAGCAGCAGUAUCUCCCAUUAGCCUUGCACCUUGCAUCUGAAUUUUUCCUCAGGAAUCCCAAUAAAGACGUUCGCCUCCUUGUAGCAUGUUGCUUGGCUGAUAUCUUUCGUAUCUAUGCUCCUGAAGCUCCAUAUACUUCCCAUGACAAACUUAAGGACAUAUUCUUGUUUAUUACAAGACAAUUAAAAGGCUUGGAGGACACGAAGAGCCCUCAAUUUAACAGAUACUUUUACUUGUUAGAGAAUUUAGCUUGGGUUAAAUCUUACAACAUCUGCUUUGAGUUGGAAGAUUGCAAUGAAAUUUUUAUUCAGCUUUUUAGGACUCUUUUUUCAGUUAUCAAUAAUAGCCACAACCAGAAGGUACAAAUGCAUAUGCUGGAUUUGAUGAGUUCUAUCAUCAUGGAAGGCGAUGGAGUAACUCAGGAGCUGCUGGACUCGAUUUUGAUUAACCUCAUUCCUGCACACAAGAACCUUAAUAAACAAGCGUUUGAUCUUGCAAAAGUCCUGUUGAAAAGGACCGUCCAGACCAUUGAACCGUGUAUUGCCAAUUUCUUUAACCAGGUUCUGGUACUGGGAAAGUCUUCAGUAAGUGACUUAUCAGAACAUGUGUUUGACUUGAUACAAGAGCUUUUUGCCAUAGAUCCUCAUUUACUGCUGUCUGUCAUGCCACAGCUUGAAUUCAAGCUGAAGAGCAAUGAUGGAGAAGAACGUUUGGCUGUUGUUCGUCUUCUGGCUAAACUCUUUGGCUCCAAAGAUUCUGAUCUGGCCACACAAAAUCGACCUCUUUGGCAGUGCUUUCUUGGGCGGUUCAAUGAUAUCCAUGUCCCUGUGAGAUUAGAGAGUGUGAAAUUCGCCAGUCAUUGUUUAAUGAACCAUCCAGACUUAGCAAAAGACCUCACUGAGUAUCUGAAGGUGAGAUCACACGAUCCUGAAGAAGCCAUUCGACAUGAUGUUAUUGUUACAAUUAUUACUGCAGGCAAGAGGGAUCUCUCUCUAGUCAAUGACCAACUGCUUGGCUUUGUAAGGGAGAGAACGCUAGACAAACGGUGGCGAGUAAGAAAAGAAGCUAUGAUGGGUCUUGCCCAGCUAUACAAGAAGUACUGUCUCCAUGCUGAGGCUGGAAAAGAUGCUGCAGAGAAAGUGAGCUGGAUAAAGGAUAAACUUUUGCACAUAUAUUAUCAAAAUAGCAUUGAUGACAAAUUGCUGGUAGAGAAAAUCUUUGCUCAGUAUCUCGUUCCACACAAUUUGGAAACAGAGGAGAGAAUGAAGUGUUUAUACUAUUUGUAUGCUAGCUUGGAUCCAAAUGCUGUCAAAGCACUGAAUGAGAUGUGGAAGUGCCAGAACAUGCUAAGGAGUCACGUACGAGAAUUGCUGGAUUUGCAUAAGCAGCCCACUUCAGAAGCAAACAGUGCUGCCAUGUUUGGGAAGCUGAUGACCAUAGCAAAAAACCUUCCAGAUCCUGGAAAAGCACAAGAUUUUGUGAAGAAAUUCAAUCAGGUUCUGGGUGAUGAUGAGAAACUUCGGUCGCAGCUUGAACUGUUAAUUAGCCCAACAUGUUCUUGUAAACAGGCAGAUGUCUGUGUGAGGGAGAUAGCCCGGAAACUUGCAAAUCCUAAGCAGCCAACAAAUCCUUUUCUGGAAAUGGUCAAAUUUCUUUUGGAAAGAAUUGCCCCUGUACAUAUUGACUCAGAAGCCAUUAGUGCACUAGUAAAACUGAUGAAUAAAUCCAUAGAGGGGACAGCUGAUGAUGAAGAGGAGGGUGUAAGUCCUGAUACUGCUAUUCGUGCAGGGCUUGAACUUCUCAAGGUUCUGUCCUUUACACAUCCUACCUCGUUCCACUCUGCAGAGACCUAUGAGUCUCUGCUGCAGUGCCUCAGGAUGGAAGAUGACAAGGUAGCUGAGGCAGCCAUACAGAUCUUUAGAAACACGGGUCACAAAAUAGAAACAGACUUGCCACAGAUAAGAUCAACACUAAUUCCAAUUUUGCAUCAGAAAGCAAAGAGAGGCACUCCUCAUCAGGCAAAACAAGCUGUUCACUGUAUACAUGCCAUAUUUUCAAAUAAAGAAGUGCAACUUGCACAGAUCUUUGAGCCUCUUAGUAGAAGUUUGAAUGCUGAUGUACCAGAACAACUUAUAACUCCCUUGGUCUCUUUGGGCCAUAUUUCUAUGUUGGCUCCAGACCAGUUUGCUUCUCCAAUGAAAUCUGUUGUUGCAAAUUUCAUUGUGAAAGAUCUCCUAAUGAAUGACAGGUCAACAGGUGAGAAAAAUGGAAAAUUGUGGUCUCCAGAUGAAGAAGUCUCUCCAGAAGUACUAGCAAAGGUGCAAGCAAUUAAACUUCUGGUGCGCUGGUUGUUGGGGAUGAAGAACAACCAGUCAAAAUCUGCAAACUCCACACUCCGGUUGUUAUCAGCGAUGCUCGUCAGCGAAGGAGACUUGACAGAACAGAAGCGAAUCAGUAAAUCAGAUAUGUCUCGACUGCGAUUAGCUGCUGGUAGUGCAAUAAUGAAGCUUGCACAGGAACCCUGUUACCAUGAAAUAAUUACACCAGAACAGUUCCAGCUCUGUGCACUUGUCAUUAAUGAUGAGUGCUACCAAGUGAGGCAGAUAUUUGCCCAGAAACUGCAUAAGGCGCUUGUGAAAUUACUGCUCCCUUUGGAAUAUAUGGCAAUCUUUGCUUUGUGUGCCAAAGACCCUGUGAAGGAGAGAAGAGCACAUGCCAGACAGUGCUUGCUCAAAAACAUCAGCAUACGAAGAGAAUAUAUUAAGCAGAAUCCUAUGGCUAACGAAAAAUUGCUGUCCUUGCUGCCUGAAUAUGUGGUACCCUAUAUGAUUCACUUACUGGCACAUGAUCCAGAUUUCACAAAACCUCAGGAUGUUGAUCAACUUCGCGAUGUCAAAGAGUGCCUGUGGUUCAUGCUUGAAGUUUUAAUGACAAAGAAUGAGAACAAUAGCCAUGCCUUCAUGAAAAAGAUGGCAGAAAACAUCAAGCUUACCCGAGAUGCUCAGUCUCCUGAUGAGCCAAAGGCCAAUGAAAAACUUUAUACAGUAUGUGAUGUAGCACUAUGUGUGAUCAACAGCAAAAGUGCUUUGUGCAAUGCAGAUUCACCGAAGGACCCUGUAUUGCCAACCAAAUUUUUUACACAACCUGAAAAGGAUUUCUGCAAUGACAGGAAUUACAUUUCAGAAGAGACAAGGGUUCUUCUUUUGACAGGAAAG